GAGUGUAGAGCUGAGGCACAGAGAUGAAACCAGCUUAGUGACAGUGAGCAAGCAAAUGAGUAAGAGGAGUGUGUGAAAGAGCAGGACGGUCGUUUACGCUUCCCUGUGACCUCAAGGAAGGAAAGAAAGAUCACCUCAUCUUUUGCUAUCUGAAUGAGUGCUAGAAAGGGAGAAACAUCAGAGGGAGAGAACAAGGAAAGAUCUCCUGACAUUGCUCCUGAUAUUGUUGACUUUGCUGCUGGAGGAAAACAGAAGGACAGACACAGGAACAGUGACAGGAGAGCUUGGUGUUUUUGAAAGGGUGCAGAACAUGACAGUGUGUCUCCUGACCUGGAGCUCGUGUAUGAAGAGAACAGCCAAGGAUCAUUGCCAUGCCAGCAUCUAGGAAGCUUCACCAAGCUCACUGAAAACAUGGCCCAGGCUAAAGGGCCAAGAGAUGGAGUUCUGUUGUCCAAUGAGAAUGCAGGUCCAGUGUCCAAUGAAGGCAUGCAAUGGAAGGGCCCUCGUACAGUGGUUCUGCAGAAGAAUUCUCAGGGUUUUGGGUUUACACUACGCCACUUCAUAGUGUACCCACCAGAAUCUGCCCUCCACACCUCUGUAAAGGAUGUUGAGAAUGGCAAUGGAAAAGGGGCUCAUAGGGGCUGCCUGGAGCCAAUGGAUACUAUUUUUGUGAAGAGUGUGAAGGAAACAGGUCCUGCUCACCAGGCUGGGCUCUGCACAGGAGACCGACUAGUAAAAGUGAAUGGGGAGAGUAUUCUGGGGAAAACCUAUUCUCAGGUUAUAUCACUAAUCCAAAACAGUAAGAGCGUGCUAGAGCUUUCCAUUAUGCCUAAAGAUGAGGAUGUGCUCCAGUUGGUAAGUGCAUACUCUCACGAUGCUUAUCUGAAAGGGAAUCAGCCAUACACCGGAGGGGCUCAAAACCUUCCAGAGCCUCCUCCAAUCAGCUACCCUCGCAGCAAACAAACCUCCGGAAUACCUUCCAACCUGAACUGUAGGCGUGGAUCAGCUGGUCUCUUAGACAGCCGCACCAUGGGAGAUAGUACUGGGGGUAUAGGUCACCGCUUAGAUGUCCCAAGCCACCAUGCACUUCGUAACCAGCGUGCACGCUCCUCAACCAUAGCCAUCAGCCCUCUGGACUUUCACUUUGCCAACCACAAUGCAGCCAUCACCUCAGCCUCCCUGCCCCACCCAAGAAAGGGCAGUCUUCCACUGUCGCAGAGUGAACUGUGUCACCAGGCCCUGGCUAAAUGGUACCACAAUCAGACAACAGAGCGCCCAUGUAUGUCCCACCACCACCGCAGCAUCUCUCAAGAUACACUCCUUUACCACUAUGGAACAGCCAUGGGAGUCAACCAGUCCCCUUACAUAGACUCUUUUUGGAUGGGUAGAUGGGGUAUGACUGGGGCUCAGCAAUCAAAUCGCUCUUGCUCAGAAAAUCUCCUGGCUGCUUGUGCUGAGUACGAGAAGAGUCCUGGGCACUCGCUAGAGAAAUUGGACAAGGCAGCUGCUCUGGUUUCACCACGCUAUGAGAAUUCAGUCCGGAUAGAUAAGCAGCCGUGCUUGGCCAAUCAACAUGCAGUAAUCUUUGCAGAUGUGCCGCCGCCAGGCCGUGGAUCCAGCAAUGCCCAGGAGCAGACAGGAUCUCAGUCUUAUCAGUCAUCCCAGCCAAGAUGUUUGCCCACACAGACAGUAGAUGACCAGAUGGUGGGCUACCGCAGCUAUAGUCCCUCUUUCUGUCGCAAAGCAGGCCACCUCAUGCAGCAGGCUCACUCCUUUAGAGAUUCUUCCUACACUGGGCCUCACCUCAGCUGGACUACUACACCUAAAACCAGCCCCCCUGAUAGCGCACCUUCUUCAGGCAGAGAUUCAUCCCCUCUGUCCAUGUCUUCCACUACUGAGACACAGAACUCUGCAAAGGAAAGCUCAGGUAGUGGGCCAGCAGUGGAGGAGCCUGGUCAAGUACAAAUGCAAGAGGUAGUCCUUAGACAAAAGUCCUCAACUGGAAAAUUUAUUUCCCAUGCAAUGCGCCACCCAAACUAUUCUGUGCCUGUGGAUCUACUCGAACCCCCUGUUGCCUCGGCCCCUGCGCGGUCUAAUGGUAACCUUCAACACCUGCCUGUGGAGCAGGACUCCCUGGCUUCCAUUCCCUUCAUAGAUGAGCCCACCAGCCCCAGUGUAGACCUGUUAGCCCAGCACGUGCCUGCCUCCUCUGUGGUGUCCAGCAGCCUGUGCCAAGCACCUACCCUGUCCAGUAGCCCUGUCCCUCCCUCCCUUACCUCCCCUCUCACCCAUCUCCUCGUCACAGACUGCAGCACUGUCAAGAACAGCCGUCGCUCUUCCUAUCUGCUGGCUAUCACAACUGAGCGCUCCAAGUCUUGUGAUGAGGGUCUGAACACGUUCAGAGAUGAAGGCCGUGUGUUUAUGAGAUUACCAAAAAGAGUCAAAAGCUUUUUUACAGAGGGUUCCCUCGAGAGUCUGCGAGCAGCAGAGGAAGCCCGGUCUAAACGCCACUCCACCUCUGAGAUCGGCAACAUCACACUAACGGAUAUAAGAAAAGAGGGCUGGCUUUACUACAAACAGAUCCUUACAGAAAAGGGCAAGAAAGUUGGUGGUGGUAUGCGACCAUGGAAACGGGUCUUCUCUGUGCUACGCUCCCAUUCACUCUUUAUGUACAAGGACAAGCGUGAGGCAGUGCUGCAUGGUGCAGGGUCAUUGGGCCAUGGUGGUGCUGGCGAGGAUGAGCAGCCCAUCAGUAUUCGUGGCUGCUUGAUUGACAUAGCCUACAGUGAGACGAAGCGGAAACACACACUACGACUAACCACACAGGACUUCUGUGAGUACUUGCUGCAAGCAGAGGACCGGGAUGACAUGUUGAGCUGGAUCCGCAUCAUCCGCGAGAACAGCAAGACCGAUAACGAGGAGCUUGGGUUUUCCAGACAGGCCCUCAUCAAUAAGAAACUAAAUGAUUACAGGAAACAAAGUGUAACAGGUACUAAGCCAGACACUUCUCCCAGAGUCCACAGGAUGAUGCAACCUUUUCUCCUCUCAAAGACGGACAGCAGCUCAGGAGCAACUAGAUCCUUAAAGACAGAGAGCAAAGAGGAGAGCAGCCCUCCUAAGGCAACAUGGAGCAUCAACAUUAUGAAAAAAGGAAAGAAAGCAGGACCUAAGGCCUUUGGGGUUAGACUAGAGGACUGCCUUUCGGGAGCCAAUAACAAGUUUGUACCUCUGAUUGUGGAGACCUGCUGCAGCCUGGUGGAAGAGAUGGGUUUGGAAUAUACAGGGAUCUACAGAGUACCAGGCAACAAUGCCAUGGUGUCUACCCUACAGGACCAACUCAACAAGGGCAUGGAGAUCAACACUGCUGAAGAGAGAUGGCAGGACCUGAAUGUAAUCAGCAGUCUCUUAAAGUCUUUCUUUAGGAAGCUACCAGAACCUCUAUUCACUGAUGACAAAUACAAUGAUUUCAUCUACGCCAAUCGGUUAGAGGAUGCUGGAGAACGCUUGAAGACAAUGAGAAAACUGAUUCGUGACUUACCUGAUCAUUGCUACCACACACUUAAAUUUCUGAUCAGUCAUCUUAAGCGAGUAGCUGAUCACUCAGAGAAGAAUAAGAUGGAGCCCAGAAACCUUGCUCUUGUUUUUGGUCCUACACUUGUGCGUACCUCAGAGGACAAUAUGACAGACAUGGUCACUCACAUGCCUGACCGCUAUAAGAUUGUGGAGACCCUCAUUUUGCAUCAUGCCUGGUUCUUUUCUGAUGAGCUGAUGGAUAAAGAUGAGAAGACCCCUGAGGACCAGCGAGAUGAGCAGCCCGUUCCAAAUAUCGACCACCUCCUCUCCAACAUUGGGCGAACAGCAACAAUGGGGGACGCCUCAGAUUCCACUAACAGCGAUUUAGCCAAAUCCAAGCAGGGAUCUUCAAUAUCAAAGAAAGAAGUGAGCGCCAAGGAUUUCCUUUCCCUAUCCAUCAUAUCUGCUGUGACCCGGAAGAGAAAGAAGCAUCGAAGUGCCUGCCCUACAGAUAGCAGUAGCGAUGAGGACUCGGAACACGAGCCGGUGAAAUCCAGCAACUAUGGAGAGCUGAGUGAGAAUGGGGAGGAUGAGACAGACGAGGGUCAUGAGGAGAGCAAGAUGCGAUGUGCUGAACAAAGCACAGAAAGUCAGACAACAGAAGCAGAUGAAAAGGAUGUAGUAGGCAAAUGUAUGAUGGAGGCAAACAAGGGAAGAGAACAAGAGGUGGGAGGGAGGGAGAUUGGAGGUAGCCAGCAAGAAGAUGAUGGUAUACGGGUGGGCGUCACCAUGAGGGCGCGGUUAGGGCGAGAGCAGCUGCAGCGGCCUCGAAGCUUCCUCUACUCCUACCAGAAUUCUCCAGGGCCAAGAGUCACAGACCAGUCAGCCAGCUCACCAUCAUCCCCCUGCUCCAGCGAUGCCCUCAGGCUCAGCCAGGGCAACUUGGCAAGCCGUAAGAAGCUGCGUGGGGAGAGGGCGCGCCCUCGCUCUUUAUAUGAAGAUCCAGGUCUGGAGCGGGCUGUGGGUCUGGCCCGAGUCAAAGCCUCACUUGUGCGUGGCCAGGAGAGGCUGCGUCAGGCCAUGUCCCCCAGCAGAGACUCCUCUGUCCAGCAGAGUUGGCUGAGUCAGGUACAUGCCAACAUACUUUCCUCUGCCAACGACUUGUGGAGGUCAGGGACUCAGCGGCGACAUGCUUCCCCAGAGACACGUAGAAGGCGGAGGGACUGGAGACGCCAUACAGUGGUAGGAAAUAGUGGGGACGGCUAAACAAGGACAUCUAAACACCCUGAAUCCUAAUGCAUUAUGUUGAAGGGUAAUAAAGCACACUACUCAAAUAUCAAGGCAGAAGGUUCAAAGUAAGUCUUAAAAUGAAGGAAAGAUUGGCUAGAGAUGAAUCCAUUUCAGUUAUUAACUGCAUAUUUGCACCAUGCCGAAAGCAAAUUUUUCAUGUAAAAUUUUAUGCAAUAAAGGCUUACAGCCUUUCGGCAUUCUGCACUGUUGCAAUAAAUAACUUUGAGCCCUUUCCAGCUUCAUUUCCAUCUCACCUCCUUAAUCACUAGAGGAGGGCACUUCAACUGAAAGAGCAGGAUCCUCACAGCACAUCCACAAGACUUUUCACUGCACAUUAUCAGCAACACCAAACACAAAAUGGCUCCCGAACUCAGGUUCAAGAUCAGAGAACCGUAGAUCAGCCAUAACAAUACAUGCUGCCGUUUGUUCACAAUUCACACACUAUGUACAUACAUUGCUAAAAAGGGUCUGAUGUAAUUCACAAAUAUGUCUUGUUCUCUUGCACCCAUUCCCCAAAUAAAGUCUCCCCUUGUAUAAGUGGAAAUAACAGUAUUACACACAAAGUGGUUGUGGCAAGAACAGCUGAAAGCAGCUGCACUGAAAUACAACAUAACCUUACCUUCAGCUCUGGUGUGCCAAUCAGUCUCUCUCUUUCUAUUCUGUGUUUUGACCUACAAUACUUGUUCUCCUCUGGUGGCUUCAAGCAGCCACUGCAGAUUUUUUUGUUUGACCAGUAAUUACUGCCAACCUCAUGCCGUCUAUGACCUAAUAUGUCUGUUCUGUAUGUUAUAUUGUCUUUGCCCUGUGUGUACAUUUAUACACUAUGUGGGUGUUCAUGUGGACCAAUAUAUUUUUUGUAACACUUGUACAAAGCCUUGCUAAGUUAACCUCUGUGUACAAAUGAUACAUACGGUUGUUUUGAAUUGUCCCUUUUUAUUUUUUACCUUUUAGACUGUUAUAUAAAGAUUUCUUAUUUCUA